GACCCGCCCUGAAUGCCCAGCAGAAAGAGCUGGAGGCUGUUUCCUUGCAAUCUGGAGUCCCUGCCCUCUCUGCUCAAAAUCCCAGCCUGCCCUGGGGGCUGCCCGCCCCUUUUUGUGAUCCUCUGCGCGGGAGAGAGACCUGUCCGAGCAGGGGCCUGGACUACAUCUCCCGGCGUUCCUGGCUGAGUGGAGGCCUCUGUGCGCCGUCUGCACCGGUUACAGGCGACGAUGCGGCAGGCAGUGAGCAUGGUGGCCCGUCUGGGCUUUCGCCUGCAGCAACUCCCUUCUGUCCUGAGUCGUCAGCUCAGCUGCGCACAGGAUGUGCUCCGCCGGACACCGCUCUAUGAUUUGCACCUGGCCCAUGGUGGGAAAAUGGUGGAGUUCGCUGGUUGGAGUUUGCCAGUGCAGUACCGAGACAGUCACGUUGACUCGCACCUGCACACGCGCCAGCACUGCUCGCUCUUUGACGUGUCUCACAUGCUGCAGACCAAGAUACUUGGUAGUGACCGGGUGAAGCUGAUGGAGAGUAUAGUGGUUGGAGACAUUGCGGAGCUCGAGCCAAACCAGGGGACACUGUCACUAUUUACCAAUGAGGCUGGAGGCAUCUUAGAUGACUUGAUCGUGACCAACACUUCUGAGGGGUACCUGUAUGUGGUGUCCAACGCUGGCUGCUGCGACAAGGACUUGGCCCUUAUGCAGAACAAGGUGAGGGAGUUUCAGAACAAGGGCAGUGAUGUGGGCCUGGAGGUGAUGGAUAAUGCCUUGUUAGCCCUGCAAGGACCCACUGCGGCCCAGGUGCUGCAGGCUGGUGUAGCAGAUGACCUGAGGAAACUGCCCUUCAUGUCCAGUGCUGUGAUGGAAGUGUUUGGCGUGUCCAGCUGCCGUGUGACCCGCUGUGGCUACACGGGAGAGGAUGGUGUAGAGAUCUCGGUGCCAGCAGCAGGGGCAGUCCACCUGGCAACAGCUCUGCUGGAAAACCCAGAGGUGAAGCUGGCAGGGCUGGCGGCCAGGGACAGCCUGCGCCUGGAGGCAGGCCUCUGCCUGUAUGGGAAGGACAUUGAUGAACGCACCACACCUGUGGAAGGCAGCCUCGGUUGGACAUUGGGAAAGCGCCGCCGAGCUGCUAUGGAUUUCCCUGGAGCCAAAGUCAUUGUUCCUCAGCUGAAGAGCAAGGUGCAGCGGAGGCGUGUGGGGCUGAUGUGUGAGGGGGCCCCCAUGCGGGCGCACAGUCCCAUCCUGAGCACAGAGGGUGCUGUGAUUGGUACUGUGACCAGUGGCUGCCCUUCACCCUGCCUGAAGAAGAACGUGGCCAUGGGUUAUGUGCCCUAUGAGUAUAGUCAGCCGGGGACACUGCUGCUGGUAGAGGUGCGGCGGAAGCAGCAGAUGGCUAUGGUCAGCAAGAUGCCCUUUGUACCCAGGAACUACUACACUCUAAAGUGAGGAUUUGGCUUAAGGUGCUGAUUCUGAAGUGAAGUCUCACUUUUGUGGGGAGGAUAAAACCUGUCCAACCUACCUCACCAUGGUUUCUCACAUUGCAAGGGUUAUUACCAUGGGCAGUGUGGUAGGCCACCCUCACCAGUUUGCUUUCCAUGAAUGCAAACUGCUGCCUCUCCCUGGGUAGGAAUGAUUCCUGACUCAUGGAGGGUUGGGUCAGUAGGGCUGCCGUGCCUGUGUGUAAACUUGGGGAUGGCUGAGGGAACACGGACUCACCCUUCCACAUUCCCAAGUAGGCCUAGCCUGCUGCUCACCACCUAUUCAGAGCCCUAGGGCUGCUGUGGGGCAGGCUGGGCCUCCUCCUAGACUUGCCUUACCCUGGGCUGACCUUCAGCCCUGGGACCCAUUACUCGACUGGAGUCCUGAAAAAA